GUCACUUACUAGUACACUUCGUGCGACAUUCUGUGCAUAGACGUCGUUCCUGUGAAGAUCCCAGCACCAGGCAGCUCCUUACAUUUUUGGGAUUGGCCAGUGGCAUAGUACGAGCAAAAUCUGGCAAGCCCGCGGGAGCAAAUUCCUGGAGGAGUGCUUGCUGAUCAUUUUAUAUUGUUAUGGCUUUGAAGCCGCCCGCUGGGCAACUGCUGCGGGGAACUUCUGUCAAUGGGCGCUGCUGCUUUGUCAAAACAACGAAAAAGAUCCGUCAUGCUAGGCGAAUUCAGGCUGCUUCAUGCAGCCAGAAUGGCAAUGGAAAACCCGAGAGAAGGGUAGUGGUGACGGGGAUGGGAGUGGUCAGCUGCCUUGGUCAUGACCCCGAUGAGUUCUACAACAACCUGCUCGAGGGGAAGAGCGGUGUGUCCCAGAUCGACUCCUUCUCUGUCGAGGGCUACUCGACCCGAUUUGCUGGAGAGAUAAAGGGAUUCCAGUGCAACGGCUACGUCACAAAAAAGAACGAGCGGCGCAUGGACAACUGCAUAAAGUACACCAUGGUCGCCGGCAAAAAGGCGCUGCAGAGUGCUGGAUUCAGCCUGGAGCCCGGGAGCUUUGACGGGCUCGAUCUCAGCAAGUGUGGCAUCCUGAUCGGAACAGCCAUGGGCGGCAUGGCCACCUUCAGCAACGCAGUGGAGGACCUCACACAGAAGGGUUUCCGGCGCAUGAACCCAUUCUGCAUACCGUUUGCGAUCACCAACAUGUCGGGUGCGCUGCUGGCCAUGGACGUGGGAUUCAUGGGGCCCAACUACUCCAUCUCAACCGCAUGCGCCACCGGCAACUACUGCAUCCUCAGCGCGGCGGACCACAUCCGUAACGGGGAUGCGGAUCUGAUGCUGGCCGGCGGCGCUGACGCGGCUAUAAUCCCCUCGGGCAUCGGGGGAUUUAUAGCGUGCCGCGCGCUGUCGCAGCGCAACGAGGACCCCGCUCGCGCCAGCCGCCCCUGGGACCGUAACCGGGAUGGUUUUGUCAUGGGCGAGGGCGCAGGCGUGCUGGUGCUGGAGGAGCUGGAGCAUGCGAAGGCGAGGGGCGCGCCAAUUCUGGCGGAGUUCCUGGGCGGAAGCUGCACCUGCGACGCUCACCACAUGACCGAGCCCCAGCCGCAGGGAAAGGGCGUCCUGCUCUGCAUACAAAAAUCUCUGGAGCAGGCCGGCAUCUCACCAGAGGAGGUCAACUACGUCAACGCCCAUGCAACCUCAACACAGGCGGGUGACCUGGCGGAGUACCGGGCAAUCCGGGCGGCGUUCCCGGGCAGCGAUUUGCGCAUCAACGGAACCAAGUCCAUGAUCGGGCACCUGCUCGGAGCCGCCGGCGCAGUUGAAGCCAUCGCUACCAUUCAAGCCAUCCGCACCGGCUACCUGCAUCCCACGAUAAAUGUGGAGGACCCCGAGGAUGAAGUGGACAUGGGGGUCAUUGUGGGCGCGUCUAAACAGGCGAUGGAUGUCAACGUCGCACUCUCAAACUCCUUCGGCUUUGGCGGCCACAACUCGUCCAUCCUCUUCCGCGCGUACAAGGAGUAGUAAUGCUGCAGGCGAGAAAGACAAACACACAAUCCAGUUAGGAACACGUGAAGCUGCAUGCAAUGUCAUCUGAAGUUGUGACCCACCUGCUACUGAAGCUGCAGGCCAGACUCCUGUCAGUCGAGACAGAAGAGUAGAGGUGACAGACUGAGAGGAGUGAUGCUGCGCGGCUUCGCUCCCUGUAGGGCAUGCCUCCUAGGGGAGAAUACUGGGGUCGUCGUGGGCGCCUC